AUGAUUCCAUACCUUUUGGCCUUGUGCUUCAAUUUCUGUUUGGCGCUGGCCGCCAGCAGAACUUCCGCUCCUAGUGGUGCCCUUGUCGUCUCCAAAGCCCCUACCAAAGGCCAAUACUCCAAGAUCCAGGAUGCAGUAAACGCUCUCUCAACCUCUUCUACUACAGCCCAAUCCAUCUUUAUUGAAGCCGGCACCUACAACGAACAAGUCUACAUUGCACCUCGCAAAGCUGCACUUACUAUCUAUGGCUACUCGGAGAACACGGCCGACUAUAAUCAGAACGUCGUUACCAUCACUCAGAAAUUGUCGCUCAAUGAGGUUGCUACUGAUGACUUGACUGCUACUCUGCGAGCAUGGUCUACAAACUUCAAGCUCUACAAUGUCAAUCUUGCAAACACUUAUGGACAAGGCAAGCAAGCUCUUGCUCUGAGCGCCUCAGCUGCUAACCAAGGCUACUAUGCAUGUAAAUUCUUAGGGUACCAAGAUACCAUUCUCGCUCAAACCGGCACCCAGCUUUUCGCAAAAAGCUACAUCGAAGGCGCUACAGACUUUAUCUUCGGCCAACACGGCUUAGCCUGGUUCUCUUACUGCGACAUCCGUGUGUUGGCUGCAAGUCUAGGAUUCAUCACUGCUUCAGGACGUGCUUCCAAUGAAGCUGGAUACUAUGUUUUGGAUCACUGUUCCAUUGCUGCUAAGAGCGGAGCUUCCGUGCCCAAGGGUGCAUACUACCUAGGCAGGCCUUGGGGUGACUAUGCGAGGGUUGCCGUGCAGUAUACUUCCAUUUCGAAUGUUGUCAAUGCAGCUGGCUGGCAUGUUUGGAGCACUUCGGAGCCCAACACUGAUCAUGUUACUUUUGGCGAGUAUGGCAAUACUGGGGACGGUGCUGCUGGAACUAGAAGUUUCGAGACGAAGCUGAGUAAGGCUGUUGCUAUCACUGAUGUUUUGGGCAGUGGGUAUGCCAGUGCUUGGUAUGCAAGUGUCUGA